AGCGGGCUUAUUCCAAUACCAAACCAUCAAUUAUAUUACAACUCUCCUAACUUAUAUGCUUUUAUAAAACCCUUCACAAAUUCAUUCAUACACAUCAAUUCUCAUUUUCAUUUUCUUCACAUCAAUUCUAAAAAAUUAUCUUCAUCAUGUUGGGAAAGAAAUCCCAUCACUUGAUCCGAAAAUUUUCAGAACUAUUAGUGUUUGGUGAAAGUACAACCGGGCUUUUCGACACGAUCGGAAGUCCUAGAAGCCCGUUUGAAUUGAGCUCAAAGAUUCAAUCACCAAAAGGAUUAAAAAGCUAUGAAUUUGGUGGUGUUGGUCUUGGAAUUGUGGUAGCUCUUGAUAAAUCCGAUAACGAUUUUGUCGGGUACGAGGUUGUUCCAAAACAUGUUUGUACACCUAAGACGAAUCAAUCAGGAGAACCGAUCACAAUUCCAAUUCAAAAUCAUCACCAACAAAAUGGAAAUUUUGCAAAUGAGAUUCUUGUUGGAAGUCCAGAAGAUUACACUUAUGUGACUUACCAUGAUGAAUCUAAUAAACCUAUCACUAAGGUUUUUUAUGAUGGUGGUGAAGAAAGUGGAAUUUUGAAACAUGAUUGUUAUACCUCAAAAAACAUCAACAACAACAACGUUGGUGUUUUCAAAAGAUCCCCACCAACACAAACUUUAGCUCAAGCUGAACCAUCAUAUCCAACCUUGGAUUUUCUCAAUUCAUGUCAUUUGUGCAAAAAGAAUCUUCAUGGCAAAGACAUAUUCAUGUACAGAGGGGAGAUAGCAUUUUGUAGCAAUGAGUGUCGUUCAAAGCAAAUAAUGAUGGAUGAGAGGAAAGAGAAGUGUAGAUCAUCAUCAAUGGAGUUGUCAAGUUCUCCAUACACAAAGGACCAAAUGUUUUCAACUGGGAUUAUGGCACUUUAGAGAUUAAUACUUUAUCAUAUGAUAUGAUUUAUAUCAUAUGAUAAUUUAAGGCUAUAUUUACAUAAUUAAGAUAAGAUAAGAUACUUUGGUUGAAACCAAAAGGAAUUUUUGAUCGGAAAAAAUACAGAGAUUUUGAAUUUGUGAAACAUAGUAAUAAAUUGUUUCUUCUUUCUUUCUUUUUCCCAUUUUUGUUUGGGAAUUUUCUGUGGCAGAGAACUAUGAAGUUGGGAUCUCAAUUUUGCACAGAUUUUUGGUUGUUCUGUUCCUGAGUUCUGUCUAAGAUAUGAACUUGUUCAAUCAGAUAUUUUAUGAAUUCGAUUUUACUGUUUAUUUUGUU